AUGGACGGAAAAGACGGCAGGAAGAAGGACAAGAAGCAUAAGAAGAAGGACAAGAAGGACAAGGAGAUUGAGGAAGCCAUGGAUCAAGGAGGCGAGGAGCAGCAGCAGAUCGAGGGCACCGAGACCGAGGUGCGAAUUGGCAUGGAUCUCUCGCGCGUCACGCUCCCCACCUUCAUCUUGGAGCCCAAGUCGUUCCUGGAGAAGCUCACCGACUUCUUCACUCACCCUGACGUCAUGCUCAGCUCGGUUGAGUGCCAGAGCCCCGUUGAGCGGCUGGUCGCCAUCACUCGUUGGUAUCUCUCUGGCUUCUACAUUCGCCCCAAGGGAGUCAAGAAGCCCUACAACCCUAUCCUGGGCGAGAUCUUCCGUGCCCAGUGGGAUCACGGGACCUCCAAGUCGUUCUACGUCUCGGAGCAGGUGUCGCACCACCCCCCAGUGAGCGCCUUCUACGCCUCCAACAGGGCCGUGGGGUUGGCCAUCAAUGGCUACAUCAAUUUCCGCUCCAAGUUCAUGGGUAACUCCUCCGCCGCCAUCAUGGACGGCGAGGCCGUCUUGUACUUCCUCCGUAUCCCCGGCGAGUCCUACACCAUCACCUUCCCCACUGCCUACGCUCGAGGUAUCCUGUGGGGCACACUGCUGAUGGAGAUGGGCGGCACCGUGUACAUCACCUGCGAGAAGACCGGACUCCAGUCCGAGAUCGAGUUCAAGACCAAGCCCUACUUUGGUGGCGGCUACAACUACGUGGCGGGCAAGAUCAAGGAGACCUCCGGCAAGAAGAAGACUCUGUACACAAUCUCUGGCAAGUGGGAUGAGGAAAUUUUCAUCAAGCCGGCCGACACCAAGAAGGACGAGCUUCUCUGGGAUCCCAAGAACGCGCCACCCAAGGUCACCAUGGACAUCAGGCCGCUCGACAAGCAGGACGAGUGCGAGUCGCGAAGGCUGUGGCAACACGUUUCCGCCGCGCUGAGGAAGAACGACCAGGAGACCGCCACCACCGAGAAGUGCAAAAUCGAAGACGCGCAGAGGGAGGCCGUGCGCAGGAGGGAAGAAGAGAAGGAGACAUACGAGGUCAAGUACUUCGAGAAGGACGAGAAUGGUGGAUGGGUAUACAAAUGGAAGAAUCUCGAGCCAUUCCCCCUGGACGAGUUGGACCAGUGGGAGGAGUACGAGGAGGACUGCGUCAUCGGCGCCAGGAAGAAGUGA